AUGACCUUCUUGGAAUUCCUGCAAUCCAACGACCUGUACGCCUUGAGCGGCUUCUUGAUGUUUGCGCAUGCCGCCCAAGGCUACGGCUAUGUGACCACCAUCCCAGCCUUCUACGGGCUUUGGUGGAUCACCCCGGAGCUUUUGAACGGCUACAUGCAGAUGAGCUUCCGGGAGGAGUUGGAGAAAUUCUACGACCCCAAGAGCGAGUUCUUCCAGCAAAUUCGGGGCACCUGGGUGCGUGCCGUAGUGACCGCCAUCGUCGGAGGCGCCGCCGAUGUGGUGAAGAGGACCACCACCAUGCUGCCCGAAGGAUACCAAAAGAUUUGGACCACCAUUGCGGAGAAGGACGGCUUGGAUGUCCGCUAUGGGGUCGAGAUUUUGGACCAGGGCAUCGACCGGCAGCUGGAUGAUCCCUCUGCGCCUGUAAGAAUCAAGUACCGCCAGAAGGGCAAGAACGAGGUGAUCGAAGAGGAGUACGACUUUCUGAUUUACAGCGCCCCUCAUGCGCAUGCCAAGAACUUUGUGAAGGAUGUGGCCAUUCAAGAAGAAAGCAUUUUCUCAAGCCUGAAAAGUUUCGUCCUGGCUACCACGCUGUAUUCAAGUGAGCCAGUUCUGGACUACACUGACUCAGCGAGGCGACCGAUCAUGUACGAAGCAGACAAGAUGUCUGGGCCAAGUCACGAUGGUUCCUGGUACGCUGACCGCUGGGAUGACUUGAUUUUCGGGCAGCCGAUCCCUGGCCGUCAGACGCGGGUGGGGUAUCAGUUCUAUGAGAACUAUUGCCAGGGCGGAGAUAUGAUGUGCAACAGCGACCGCACGCCCAACGAGGGCGGCGCCAUGGAGUCCUCGGAGCGGGCGCUGCGGCAGUUCAGGGGCGAGUUGGAGCGGCAAAAUGUGAGCGGCGUGAACACCUUGCGUCAGUACCCCUGGCCGUACUUCCAUCACUUCCCACAGGAAGCAGUUCAAGAAGGCAAGGUGUGGGACCUUUUGGAGAUGCAAGGCCAGCGCAAGACUUGGUGGAUCGGAGCCAGUGCCUGCUUCGAGUCCGUGCACGACGUGACCAAUUACAACCUGAUGAUCUUGCGACGCUCGGCAAAGAAGCCCAGGUCCCCAAAGAAGUGGCUGUGGGUCAAACAUAUGCACCCAGGAGCCCAAGUCCCCAAACAAAUGUCGGCUGGUCAAAAAUAUAUGUACCCGGAUUCCGAUGGCGCGGGAGAGAGAAUGGAACCCUGGCAAAUGGAAACUUGGACUACAACCUGCGGUGCCCUGAUGGUUUAG